AUGGCUUUCUUUUUCGGCCGUCGGCAUUCUGUCUCUGGGGCGCCACCGGAAGACGAUGGCGUGCCUAGGGAUCCGAAUUUGAGAUUGAGAAGACGGGCAUCUGUUCCAAAUGCGCCGAGUCAGAGUCGUGGAGCUCACGACAGAAACGUGUUUCAAGAUCUGUUCCGGAGACAUCGAGAUGAUUCGGAAAUAGAGAUGUCGACAGCAGAGAGGGGCCAUGAUAGUACUCGUACAAACGAAUCUAAUCAACACACGGCAACAGCUGCAAAAGGCCACACGGGUCCCCAGAACUCCCCGCCGGCGCAUGAAUCAUCUACAGAAAAGCACAACCAUAAGGGUAAACAUGAUGCCACAUCGUCAUCUGGAUACGUUCUCAGCAAAGAAGACAUUGAGACUCUUUUCUCGGGAGCCCCGUUCUUCCUCCUCGAAAGGGGCAAGAAUGAUCAUCAUUACCCACAGGUGAUCUUUCCCUUCGAUGACCACGAUCCUACUAUCCAGAAUCUGUGGGUAAUCUCCAAAGACGAGCCGAUACACCUCAAUAGUUGGAGAAAGACAGGAGGCGCCAAGAGAGCGACUUUCGACAUUGGAAUUUUUGAAGUACCAAACAUGCUGUCAAUGAAUGCACAGGACCCAGGAGCGGUUGGGUUUCGUCAUUUCCUAGAGCUCCCGGUUGCGGAUGCUGUACGUUUUCCCGAGGAACCAAAGAUGAACUUGAAUUACAUACAACUUUCCUCAAUUCCGGCCUCGGAGAUCUAUGAACUGAUGGAGCAUUACCAUGAAAUUAAUAGGGGCGCUGCAUAUGACCGGCAACAGCUGCUCCGUGAUGGCCCAUCUGCCUGGAAAAAGAUUGGCAAAGCAACUACAAUCCUUGAUACCGAAUCUACGCGGGACUUGUACAGCAGCCUAUUCACCAAAUUCCUUUACCCUCCUUCCAAACCUCUGCUUGCGGACUCCAGCCUGGCUCAUAGCCUCAAAUCUCAAAUUAGGGCUUUGACGAUGACCCUCGCCGCAAGGGGUGCGUGGGUGGACUUUAGUCUUCCCGAGUGGCGUCUAUAUGCAGGACAGUUACUCUGGGAGGCUGGUCCUCAUCCGGACGGCGAUCUCUUGGACCCUUCUACGUGCUCAAAACCCUGGAUGCAUCCAACACUCGAGCGCAGGUGGCUCCUUAUCCAGAUGCUCCUCGCCGCGGAAUUACUUCUCCGUCUCGAUGCGACUGUCCGGGUGGGGAUUCUAGAUAAUUCCAAGGAGUUGCAAAUCACCGCAAAAGACAUAGAUGAUUUCGAGAAGCUACGGAGCGGGAAAGUAGACUGGGACUUGGUGGUGGUACGACGCUUUAUGGAUACAUUCGACAUCGGCUACAGGGCCGACGAGCCUGACCAACCUGGCUUCGACCCCGUAGAACGAACGGUUCACUCGAGGGGUGAAAGAAAUCAUGAGAAGAACCCUCGCUCUUUCUUCGAAAACUUGCUCCAUAGAUCGUUGUCUGGCUCAGCCGCCGAGUCCACCGAGUCAGCCUGGAAUUGCAACCUGGUCCCAACAUAUCUUGACCAACAGCUCCAAGGGUUCCUUGUGUUUGGUCAAGAAAUUGGCUGGCCAGGAUUUGAUGGACUCAGAGCGCGCCUGGAGUCUGCGAUUGGGUCGGGUCAACUAAGUGAAGCAGUCACUAAUGCAUAUAACAAGCCCGUGCGCAAUAUGCUGCCCGCUGAAGUUGGUGCGCCUCUUAGUAAAGAAGAAAUGCAUACCAGAAGCCCAUCCCGCCGGCGGAUAGUCCUCCACUGCUCUCGAGAUCAGACGGCGUCCGUGCAUCUUGGUGGUUGGAUUACCCGGAGCUGGCUGUCCGGCUUUGUCUUUCCCGGGGAGCAGAUCAGCCACCUCCUGAUGGCCACGAUAUUGGAGAAUGACCCAGAUGCUCUCGCGAAACUAGGGCCCAUUGCAAACCUCUACGGUGGAUUUGCGUACAAUGGACUGACUUGGUGGAGCAAAGAGUGUGUUGUCGGCCGAGUCCUGGCCAGUUUGGAAGAUACCAAGGAGUGCCUGGGAUGGAUAAGGAGCGCGGUUGUGCCCAACGAUGCCUGGACAGUCCAAUCGCUGGACAAUUCAUGGUUCGAGGUUUCUGUCCAACCGCCUCUGUCAAUGCCUGGAAAGCCGCGCAUCCGCCAGGGGAAUAAGCUCGCGUUUGAGUCGACACCACUUGGCCGUGGCGAACGAGUCAGCGGCGCAUUCUCCCUACCCUUGGACACCCCGUUGGAGAAAGACUUGAAGAAAGUAAGCUUCGAGACAUUGACAUUCUCUGGGAAAGACGGGCAGUCAUUGGAAAACACGUCGCAUCCCAUUGCUGACAGGACCAUUAUGACUUUUUCGAUUGCCUCAGGGACUGACUCCCCCUGGAAAGUCUCCCUCCAACUGAGAUACACGUCCGGUUCAUCACGUCUCACGAAUGCCGCCCGCCGGGCAACUUCAUAUCGUACCACUGCGCAUGCCCCACUGGGAGUGGUGCGUCGACGCCGUCCAGCAGUUCAAGCCCCCGACACCACCGUCUCCCAGGCCAUCCACUCCACAGCGGAGUCCCUCCCAGAGCACUAUGUCCCUGAUGACGCUUUCCUCGAAGACAGCCCCCGCAGCAACCUUCACAGUAACCAUCAUAAGAAGCACGAAGUGCUCAUUGUCGACGCGCGUGGCGGUCACGAAAGGGAGACCUUCGCCCGAGCGUGGUGCGCUUCAAUUGGAUACAAUGCUCUCAUUGGCAGAGUCGGACGGACAUGUCUAGCGUGCUGUAUCAGAGAAGCCAGGGCCAUUAGCGUGAAAGUCGUUCUGCGCGUGGAUAGCGGCGUCAACCGGUCUCCGUCUGGUCAAACACUGCCUGGUUUGAAGGAGAUCUGA